UCUCAGGGAUGUCUGCACUGUCAACCGGGAUAACACAACUGCUUAUCUAGUCUAUUUAAACCGGAGUUUUGGGUGAAUUUAAGCAAUUAUCUUAGUGUUUAGUGCUUAGUGACAAAUUUCAACCUCAAAAACAUUCAGCAGGACUCAGCUGGACAGUCUGUGUUUUCUCAGUACAUUAGUGAGCAGAAAUCCUGUAAUAGCAGAGGAUAGUCACACCCAAACACUCAGUACAUCACUGCAGAGUCUCAGAGACAGACAGGGAUUACUGUUAGCUUGUUAGUUGUGUUAAAGGUAACCCGCCUCUCUACAGAAGCCAUGAAACAGCAUUGUUUUGUUCCGCAGGGUGGAAAUAGAUAACGCUAGCUAGCUGUUUAGCUACCAGGCUAACGUGCUAAGUGGUUCCCGGUGUAUGAGUAAAAAAAGGCAGGGCACCGUUCCUCAGUGUCUUACUGCAGACUGGUAUGAGCAGCACUACACCCAUGUACACGUUUGUAUUAAGAGAUGAUAACAGCAGUGUUUAUGCUGAAGUCUCCAAAAUCCUCAUCUCUACUGGGAAAUGGAAACGACUCAAGAAGGACAAUCCUCGAUUCAACCUGAUGCUGGGAGAGAGAAACCGGCUACCAUUUGGACGCCUUGGGCAUGAGCCAGGACUAAUGCAACUAGUGAAUUACUAUAGAGGAGCUGACAAACUGUGUCGCAAAGCAUCUCUGGUCAAGUUAAUAAAGAUGAGCCCAGAGCUAAAGGACUCCUGUAACUGGUUUCCUGAAUCUUACAUCAUAUACCCAACCAACCUCAACACUCCUGUGGCUCCUGCAACAAAUGGCAUCAGCCAUCUGAAAAGCAAUCCAAAGACAGAUGAGCGUGAGGUCUUUCUCGCAUCCUAUAACUCCAAAAAGGAAAAUAAAGAGGGAACAGUGUGGAUUGCUAAAUCAUCUGCUGGCGCAAAAGGGGCUGGAAUCUUGAUAUCUGAAGAUGCAAACCAACUGCUUGAGUUCAUUGAUAAUCAGGGACAGGUUCAUGUCAUUCAGAAGUACCUAGAGCGCCCACUGCUGCUGGAGCCUGGUCAUCGCAAAUUUGAUAUAAGGAGCUGGGUGCUAGUCGACCAUCAGUACAACAUGUACCUGUACCGAGAAGGUGUGCUGAGGACAUCCUCUGAGCCAUACAACAGCUCUGACCUCCAGGACAUGACCAGCCACCUGACCAAUCACUGCAUACAGCAGGAGCACUCGCAAAACUACGGCCGCUAUGAGGAGGGAAAUGAAAUGUUCUUCGACGAGUUUAGACAGUACCUACAGAGUGCUCACAAUGUUUGCUUGGAGACAUCUAUCUUACCACAGAUCAAGCAGAUAAUAAGGAGCUGCCUCACGUGUAUUGAACCAGCUAUCAGCACUAAGCACCUGCCCUACCAGAGCUUCCAGCUUUUUGGUUUUGACUUUAUGCUGGACGACAGCUUCAAAGUGUGGCUGAUCGAGAUUAAUGGAGCACCCGCCUGUGCACAGAAACUCUAUCCAGAACUGUGCCAGGGCAUUGUGGACGUGGCCAUUUCCACCGUGUUCUCUUUAAAUGCAGACACUCUUUCCUCCUCCCCUCCAUUUUCCACCUCUCCAUCUCUGUCCACCAACGUCUGCUCCUCACCAAAAAUCAGAGCACCACAACACUUUGGCCCAUUCAUCAAACUGUAAGCAUGAUUCUGUACUGUAUUCCUGAGGAAGGACUGCCUGACAAACUCUUAAUCCAAAAGCAUUAUUAAACGACCUUUAGUUUCUUUUACCGCAUGCUUCUGAAGAUCCAA